AUGGCGGAACUUCCCACCACAUACGCUGAUCCUGUCCAUAUCGGUGUUAUCGGAGGCACGGGCCUGCGCGAGCUUCCUGGCUUCACUCAAGUCGCAUGUCUCACCGUGUCCACGCCAUGGGGCAACCCGUCCUCUCCCAUCACCGUUCUUCAUCACACUUGUUCCACUACCGGCAAGACCGUUCCCAUUGCCUUUCUUAGUCGCCACGGCGUUCACCACGAAUUCGCACCGCAUGAGGUACCAAGCCGUGCCAAUAUCGCAGCGCUUCGAUCUAUUGGGGUCCGAAGCAUCAUCGCGUUCUCUGCCGUGGGCAGCUUGCAGGAAGCCAUUAAGCCCAGAGACUUUGUGGUUCCGGAUCAAGUAAUUGAUCGGACAAAAGGUGUGAGGCCGUGGACGUUUUUUGAGGGAGGGGCCGUCGGACACGUUGGCUUCGCAGAUCCCUUUGACGAGGGCCUCGCAAAGAUUGUUCGCGCUUGUGGGCAUAGCCUAGAGGGUGAGGGCGUGGUACUCCACGACCAAGGCACAUUGGUCUGCAUGGAGGGCCCCCAAUUCAGCACCCGCGCAGAGAGCAAUCUUUACCGUAUCUGGGGCGGCAGCGUAAUCAACAUGUCUUGUGUUCCCGAGUCGAAACUUGCCCGCGAAGCCGAAAUCGCCUAUCAAAUGAUCUGCAUGUCAACCGACUACGACUGCUGGCACUGCUCAGAGGAAGACGUGACGGUCGAAAUUGUGAUGGCCAACAUGAAGGCCAAUGCAGUCAAUGCGCGGAGAUUUAUCGGCGCCGUCUUGGACGAGCUAACGAAAGACGAGCACCACGAUCUUGCUUGGGGCAAACACCUGGAGGGAACAGUAAAGAUGGGUCUUAGCACCGUGCCUGGUCACAUGAACCCGGAAGCAUUAGCGAGGUUGUCUUGGUUGUUCCCCGGGUAUUUCAGCAAUUAA